GUGCAUCUCAGCAUCAUCGAUGUUCGUCUGUCUCAUCUUCCCGCACUUCCUGCUUCGUUCGUUUGUAGUAUUACGGGAAAGUGAAGGGGUUUUUUUUCGUCCGUUUAUAUUCCACGAAAUGCCUGUUGAAAUCGUACCACUAACGAGUAGGCCAGUACAGUAAAGCUCUUUUUGCUGCAUUUACGUAGUGUUAGUGGCUAACUUUAAAAUAUAUCAUCACGAUAGAACUUUAAAUAUACGAUAUUUCUCAUUUCACCGACCUUUGGAGAAAAUGAAAAAUAAAAUGAGCAAAAAAUGUUCGCACAAAAAAAUUGAACAAAUCGGUACUCAUACGAUCACACCGAUCGAAGAAGGCGGUGUAAGCUAGCACAUAGAACUGAAGCAAACGCAUACUUAUACCGAUUAGGUAGAAAUAUAGGCAUUGAAGCGGGUUUUUUUUUCGAAACGACCAGUAGAGCUCCUUUUGUUCGUUUUGGUUUUGUGUAGUAGUGAUCGUUGGAAAAUGGUAAAGUUCCGUUAUCCCCAUCGUCACCGCGGCAACUGGUUGGACGUUUGCUGUCAGUCGAUCUAUCCGUCUCAUUGUCGCUGCACGUCUAAUUGUCUUUUAGUCAAGCACAGACACACAUCACUAGCCGGAAGUUCCUGCAUCGCGAAUGCAUUACCGUUUCGUGUUCAGCUUCCCUAUUCUCGGUGCGUGCCAAAAAGUUGUCGUUAAUCCGCUAAAUUCAGCGUGGCUCCUUUCGACUACGAUACGCCAGAAUAUGGUGCACCCGCUGCUGGAGGAAAGUGCUACGUGAUAUUAACGAAAAAUAGGAGGCUUUCACCACCAAGCAAAGAUUGAAAAUAAGUUAGAAAAGCCUGCGAAGCAAAGCAAAGCAAAAAAAGAAACAAAACUAAAUAAGUGUGAAAAAAGGACACCAUCGACAAAAAGCAAUAUCGCGAAUGUUUAGUGCGUUUGUUGUGAGCCGUUGUGGAUCCUUGCGGAUCCGGUUGCGGAUAGGACGAUAAAAGAGACGGACACGAACUAUGAAUACUUAAUUCCUUGUGCCCUGGCGGUACCACCACGAGCUUUGUGCCGAAUGUGUAACGGACAGUAAUAGCAGUGUGUUCAGUAGUAGCCUGUUUUAAAAGUAGUGUGAUUAUUAUUUUUUUCUUUCUCUCCUUUCGGCAGCCAAACGAAACGGGCGUUUACACACUAUUUCUUGUGAGUUUGUCGUUUUUUCACAUAAGUGUUUGUGUUUUUUUUUGUGCUCGAAAAAAAGUGCGUACAUUUUUGAACCAGUUGUGUGUGAUUUCGUUUUGCGACCAAGAAACAAACAUUGGUAAAAAUUCUGAUACGAAAGAUCGGUUUCUUUAGGCACUGUACGCGACACAUGAGACCAUCUGUCGUCGGUAUCAUAUUUGCCUCAACUGCGCAUUUCCGUAUGUUUAACGUGUGCUGGUAAACGUGUAUUUAUUUAUUUAUUUAUUUUGUUUUGAAUCGUGCAAGUGCGCAACGGUUAUAAUCUUAAACACACUCAAGCACAAAAUACCGGCAAUCACAAAUUGCUCCCGCAAACCAAGAAAAAGAGUCCACGAUAGAAGAUUCCCUUGGUUUUGUCAUCAUCAUCUGAUUUCCGGCUCCUGCUGGCUGUCAUAACAGUGGCAGUUUUUGUGGAGCAGGGGGAGUAUUUCACAACCAAAAACAUUUCCAAUUUUGCUGUGCUAAGGGCGAAACCCGGAAAGAGAAUACCGUGAAACACACCGGGUUGUGCUUUCGUGUACUAGUGGCGUGCGGAGACAGGAACGCGACGCUUUUUGCAACGACCACAGAGAGACGUUUUGUUCUUUUCAACCGCAUUGAUCGUGCGCGCGUGUGUUGGUAGUUGGUAGCGUCAUGACUUACACCACUACCAUUACGGCUACCGUACGCUACUAAAAUCGACUACAUCCAACGGGUUCUCUUCGUCGCCGUCGCCGUCGCCGGUGUUUGCUGUCUCUGUACACAGAAUCAAAAAAGAAAACGCAAUUUUCAUCAACCCCCGUAAGCGUUGGUUGAACCUCGUUUUCACUCUCGUGUGUGAGCAGAAAGUUUAUAUCAAACACAACACCAUACAGCGAGAAGGACAACGCAGCCUCAUCGAAGGGGGUGGGGGACCAAAAAAGCACGCGACAACAGAAAAAAAGGGAACGAUUCCGAAUUCUCUCCCGAGAGUGCAACAAACCGACGAAAGGAGGAUGCCUUCCCUGCAACAGACCACCUUCAAGGACUUUCCCAGCCCGGACAUUGCCAGAUCGCUGACGGGGCCAGAUAUCCUGCAAAAGCAUUCCAUCAACUCGUUGCUGCUGGAGCACAAUGAGAUCAUCUCCCGGGGAUUGCCGUCACCGAUCGAAGAUAACAUAUCUUUGGCAGAUCUUCUGGGAGGUUCGCAGGCAUCCUCACCAACGUCGGCAUCCGCUUCGCUGGCAACGAACACCUCCAGCUUGACCGGUAAAGGUGGUACAAGUCAUCAUCAAAACAGCAUCACCCUAGCGCACUCCCAUCACCAGUCACUUCAUGCCGGUCAGCAACAUCAACAGCAGCAGCACCAGCAAAACCACCAACAGCAUCAUGUGACGCUCGGGUCAUUCGCGUCGCUUGGAUCGUCCCUGGGGUGCAACACGAUGGUGGGAGCGACCGUGUGUGACGACAGUGCCAGCAGCAUCCUUAGCUCAGCCGGUGCUAACAGUACGACGAGUGGAUCCGUUUCGUCGAAUCCGUUUAACUUUGCCAGUUUGCGAAUUCCGAGCCCGUCGCUUAAUUCGCCCGAUUUGCUGAUGAAUGGUGGUUUGAUAGGUGGUGGUAUUGCCGGUAGUAGCAGCAGCAGCAGCAGCAGUAGCAGCAGUGGAAUCAGUUGCGGCGAGGUAGGAAGUGCCGGUAGCGGCCAAUCGCCUACCUCCACACAUUCGUUUUAUUCGAGCUUGCUACCGCAGAUUCAACAGCAGCUACCGGGAAGCAGCAGCUCAGGAACGACAACCGAUGCCUUAAAUUCAGCUUCCACCAAUGGCAGUGCUGGUGGGGUAUACGAUGGAUUUCGGUUUGAUUUGAUGCUUGGUUGCGGAAGUGAUGGAAUCGCGGCACAGAAUGGUUUAGCCACUGAAACGUUGAAACAAAGGCGACGGAACAUUAGUUUAGACUGUUCCUCACCGACCAACGGCACAUCGUCAUCCGGCGAGGGAACGUCUCCCUCACUAACGCUGCUCUGUUCCAAUAAUGGACGGAAUUACCGGAACGGUAACUUUUCGCAGUCUCAACAAAACACCAUAUCCCAUCAUCACCAGCAGCAACAGUUAACGGGCGUACAGCAGCAGUACGACAUUCUAUCCGGUGGCAAUGGUGGUACGAGCGGUAGCAAUGGAGCAGCUACCACCACCGCAGCCAGUAAUGCUAGCGUGGCAAUGGGCGAUUUCGAUUCUAUCGGUGCCGGUAACAAUUCGUUGUCGCUGUUUGAAACCGGAAAUGUGGCAAUGUCCCGUUCGCACACACCGCCCGAUCAUACGGACACCAGCAACCUGCUGACGACCCUUGAAACCACAAGCAUACUGGAUAUGCUGAACAUUUUUACUCUAGGUCAGAGUACGAACUCAUUGACAGGGCAUCACGGUCAGACGCAGCACCAACAGCAACAACAGCCCCAAAAUCCAUAUGCGCCUUACACUUCGACUUCAAUCUCGUCAUACCAACAGCAGCAGACGCAACAACAGCAUCAACAAACUGCUGCUGCAUCGGGAACGUUCACGGGAGCUAACAGUAGCAGCAACAAUGGCAGUUUAGCUAGCCUAUCAGGUUUGGGUCUCGGGAGCAGCAGCUCCAUAUUCAAUGGCGAUUAUGAACGUUUGCAGAACAUGCAAACCUAUAACACCUUACGCUUGCUGCAACAAUCUCAGCAAAAGUCACAGCUACAGCAGCUUCAGUUCAACCAGUCACUGCUAUCCGCAACAACCGGAAACAGUGGUAAUAUGUUCGGUAGUUGCAACAGCAGCACUUCAACGAUUAACAUCGGCGGUUCUAACGGCAACAACAACAGUAACACCAACAGUGGCUUACAGGGGAAAAUUUGGUCUUCAUCGCCACAUCAGCAACAUCGCCAGGGUUCGUCUACUCCUUCGCUGAGUGGAGGUGGUGGAUCUGGCGGUGGUAAUGGAUACAACGAUGUUAAUCUCGAUCGCAUUGCAAAGAUUUAUCGAUCCUCGGCAGCCCAUUACGAUGCUACCUGCACCUGGAGUGGCGUUUUACCACCACGCUCCAAUCGUUUGGUGACAUACUCGUCAAAAAUAUUUCUCGGUGGCAUGCCGUGGGAUAUCAGCGAACAAUCGUUGGUUCAAAUAUUCAAACCAUUCGGUUCAAUAAAGGUCGAAUGGCCGGGCAAGGAACAACAGGCGACUCAACCGAAAGGCUACGUAUACAUAAUUUUCGAAUCGGACAAACAGGUCAAGGCUUUGUUGCAGGCAUGUACUUAUACUUCCUCUACCCCGAAUGGUAGUAUCCACGGUAAUAAUCAUGGUGGAAUAAGCGCAGUAUCUACAGGUGGAAAGAUCAACUUCAAGAUAUCGUCAAAGCGUAUCAAAUCGAAGGACGUCGAAGUGAUUCCGUGGAACAUAGCAGACUCAAACUACGUCAAGUCCUCCUCGCAGAAAUUGGACCCUACGAAAACGGUCUUUGUAGGGGCACUGCACGGCCAAUUGACUGCCGAAGGUUUGGCCAUGAUCAUGAACGAUCUGUUCGACGGUGUCGUGUAUGUUGGCAUCGAUACGGACAAGUACAAGUAUCCGCUCGGUUCGGCUCGCGUAACGUUCAACAAUUCACGAUCGUACAUGAAGGCUGUUUCGGCUGCAUUUAUCGAAAUUCGUACCUCGAAAUUCACCAAGAAACUGCAGGUGGAUCCCUAUCUGGAGGAUUCCCUUUGUUCAAUGUGCACUGUACAACACGGACCAUACUUCUGCCGCGAAAGUAUGUGCUUCAGAUAUUUUUGUCGUUCCUGCUGGCAAAUUCAACACAGCCGUGGGGUGUAUUUGCAAAAUCACAAACCCCUCACGAGGAAUUCCAAGUUCACUGCAAUCAUUGGCGUUGGUCCUCAGCAGCAGCCACCGCAUGGUGCAACCGGUGGUGACAGUAACAACCAUCAUCUGCAGCAACAGUCGUAUGAUCACGGUCCAUACUACAACGGACAUCAACAACAUCAUCACCAUCACCAUAAUGGGUUCCGUUGUCAUACGCACAAUCAAUACCACCACAAUCAUAACCACAACAACAACAGCCAUCAUCAUCAACAACAAUCGGGCAAUCGUUUAGGUUUGCUGCAGCAGCAACAGCAGUACCGUGUUCUCGCCAAGUCUCCAUCACCGUCGACAUGCAGCGGCGCUGAGAGUUCUAGUAUUGCCAGCAAUGGUAAUACUAGCUACCAUAGUAGCAACAGCUCUAGCCCCGUUGGUGGUGGAAACAACACGCGUAGCAAUAACACCAGCAGCUGCAGUAACAACAGUCUUAAUGGCAAUAAUAGCGGCGUCACCAGUAGCAAUAGUAGCAAUGCGGGCAACAACAGUGGCAAUGGUGGUGAACACGCGUCCUCUUGUGUCGGAUCGUUGAACUUGCAACAACUUAAUUUUGUCACUGGGGGUGGUGCUGGUAAUGGUAACGGGGGUGGUAGUGGUUUACUCAUUUAAUUUUUUUCAUUGUUUUGUGGCAACUCCAUUACUCAUUUUGGCAAGACUGGUGGCAGUUCUAAUUAUUUAUAUUACUUUUUUUUCUUCUUUUUGAUUGAUUGUUUCUACUAAUGGUAUUGUUUUUUUUCAUCAAUUAUCAAAUAGUUUAUGGAUGUUUAAUGUUUCUCACUUUCGCCAAUAUUUAUUUCAAUAUGGCGUAAUGUUGUUUUUUUUUCGUUUUUCAUUAAUACUAACUUAAAUCAUUCUUUGGUUAGUUUUUUUAGUGCUAUUGUGUGUUUUUCGGUUUUCUUUGUACAAAUCUUGCUUUGCUAUUCUUUGUUUCGAUUUCGAUUACGGCAUACAUUGUUUUUAGUUCAAAAAUUCAACCGAUUCUUACCAGAGUUGCCAAACAAAACACCACAGGGACGUUGGAGACGAAUUUCCUAGAUUGAAAUUUACAGUUUACCAUUCGUCGUAGAAAUUUGUUCUAUUUUGUUGGCACUGGGGCAAAGCAAUGAGCGAAACAUGCAGAGAGAGAGAGAAGAGAGAUCGCCUCUUCACACGGGUGCGAAUGUUUGUUGCUACAAUUUUGAUAAUUUGUAAAGAGGUGGAGGAUUGCUUCGGUAACGUUCAAAUCGUUAAUUUUACCCAAUAGUAUUUUAGUUCUUCAUUUACUUUUUUGCUUUUUGAAACUAUUGCCGUGUUUAAGUUAGCGCACAAAACUGGGGAAUGCAUACUCCGUGAAGCAGAUUUUACUCUACCUAGUUACACACUACUAGCGGAAUAGAAUUGAUGCAGAAGCUACAUAUGGAUCUAUCAUUCCUUAACAACAACAAAAUGUGUGUAAACUGCGAGUUUGCACACUUUUGGCGGCCAUGGCAAAGCGAUUCUCCAUUUUUAAGCGAUCUGAAAAAAGCAGGUUCCUUUACUCCUUUUUUUUGGUGAUUUUAUAAUGUUCAACGCCGAACGGAUACUUCUCCAUUUCACGAAAUUUAUACAAGAACAAGCAAGCAAGAUUUGUUUCAGAAACCUUUGUACUAUAUUUCGCCUUGGAUUGUUAAAUGUUAUUAAUGUAUUAUUAAGCUGCACCGCCACCCCGUUAUCAUUAGUUUGUCAUUAUCACGCACCUCCUAGCACAUCUAUAGCGAUAAUGCAUUAUUACAAAGCAAAUCGCACAAGAUCAAUUUCAUUCGUGUGUUUUAUGCUCACUUUUUAAAACGCACGUAGUACAGUUUUGCGUUAUUUUGAAACAUCAUUUCUAUAUCGAAUCAAAACCGAAGCUUAUUUCCCCCAGUGCACAUUCUGUCGCAACAAUACCGCAAAGAGGGAUGGAAACUUAAAUGUUUUAUUAUAAUAUGUAUGCAUAUGUAACAAAUCCACACUUUGUGGAUUGCAUUAUUUUUUUUUGGCGCCCAACAAACAUCCAUUAUUGGUAGUAGCUCCCCAUCGGUGUUAGACAUACAUUAAAUUAUUUUUUAGAAGCACUUUUCUUUCGCGACAUGUUGCGAAUUUUAAGUACAGGGAGAAUAUAGAAGAAAGCUUAGAGACACAUUCCUCGGUGGAAAGUUAGCGUAAGGCCAAAUAUGUAUUUAUAUAUAUUUAUGAUGAAUUGCUGUUACUUAUGUUGAAGAAAAAGGAUUACCAGGAUUGGUCACGCACUACACAACGUAUCCAGAGAGCUGACCGACAUGAAGGACGAGGAAUUCUUAACGCAUUUGUUUAUAUUGAAUUUCGAAAUUGUUACCUAUUUAUGCCGUUAUUUAUUUGGCGCGAUCGUUCUUAUUUGUUUAUUUAUUCAUAUUUAUAUCAGGGCAAAGAUGUCAUCAGUUCCUGCGUUAUAACUUUACACUAUUCGGUGUUGUUUAAUUUCGAUACAAUGAUGAACUGUAAAAAAAACUAUUGUUAUGUAUAUCUUUUGUCGUUACAUAUAAAACAAAACAUAUACGCGAAGUAUUCAUUUGAA